AUGUCUGGACACAUCUCAUCCGACCACUCUCGCUCGGCUUCACGGUCGUCCCAGACACCACGCCUGUCUCAGGGACAGACUCGCGAUUCGAUGCCUCGCCACUCCUUCGGUCGCACUUCACGCGUCUCCAACCCCAAUGUCUUCUCGGACGAAUACUCCCUGGAACCCAUCGAUGCCGACCAGAUCGACCGCGCCCCUAGCCCCGCCUCUAUUGCCUCCUCCACGACUCUCCGAUCGAUCCAUCACCCUCAGAAGACGGUCAGCACGGCAACGACGGAAAAUGAGAACCCCUUUGGUGAUGACGCCCGGGUCUCCUUCGAGGAGGCCCACCGAUCAAGUCUACCCCAGAAGGGGGUAGGCAACUUCGCCAACAACCGUAAUUCUGUCAACUCAGUCAACAACUCUCCCUUCGCAGUCCAGCGAAAUCAAAGCGUGUCUUCCCGUUUCUCGAUACCCCGGGCCCUGAGCCCCUACACCGGAGCCACCGGUCCCAGUCACCCUUAUGGCAUGUAUCCUCAGGUGGGCGUUAGUCGGUCACCCAGUGUCGGAAGUACAUCUACUAUCCGUCAACCCGAUCGCCCCCUGAGCGAAACAAAUGGCCCCCAGCACCCUUAUGCGAUGUAUACCCAGAACGUCGUUGAGGAAGGGAUGGAUGACGACGUCAUCCCGGUCGGCUUCCCUGGACACAACCCACCAUAUCAACCACCCCCUAGCCGUCGCGAUGAUGAUGUAGGGGACAUUAUCGGACCAGACGGUCACACGGAACCACUACCACCUUACUCAAGAUAUCCAACAGGGGUGAUUCCGAAGCCUCCAACCCCAGAGAAUAUGGCCGACAUGAAUCACUCGCCAGAAGACCACCAGCAGCUUAAUUCCCUUUCAAGGGAGCCGCCCGUCUCGGAAACAUCCUCAAGGGCUCUCGUUGCUGAUUAUUCCGGAAGCUCCGGGAACAACGGAAACAAUGGGAAUAAUGAUCGCAGUGGGGGCCAAAGAGCGGGCGCGGCGACGGGUAUCAUGGCUUUUGAGGAGAAGCUCAAGCAGAAAGGGAAGAAGACCGCAUGCUGCGGACUUCCCGUUUGGACUCUUGUUCUCAUCUGCACAGUUAUGUUGAUCGGAGGUUCCAUUGGAGGUGUCAUCGGCGGUGUCCUGGGCACAAAACGCGCCGCGGAAGCCGACAAGCAAGCGGAGGCUCAAACGAGCGGUCCCCAUAUUGUCACAGUAACUGCGUCUCCUCAAAAGGACUACUCUACGAUGACAAGUACUCCCACCAACCUUCGUUCGGCGCCGACUGGCACAUUCUACGUUCCUGCAAUGCUGAAGAACUCGUCGGGCAUGUGUGUCGAGGAUGACACACUGAAGAGUGCGUGGAUGUGCAUGAACAAGCCGAAUAAUAUCGAGAUUACCAUUGAUGAGGGUAGCAAUGGUCAUCACUCUAUCAUUUUCCCCAACCCUACGCCAACAUCGAGCUAUACCUAUGGCCCUCAGCCGCCCUACAUGACCCAGCCUACCAUUCCAUUGGGCAUGGCGAUUGAUACCAGCGACACCAGUCUAGGUCCUGCUCUUUUCUUCGUUGCCAAAUUUGAUAAGCUAGUUGUCGUUCCGGAGUCAAAGUUCCAGGGCAGUUCGAUAUCGGCUCGGUCAUGGCCGGGAGACGAUUCCUUCGUGUCUAGCCUACUUAGCCGCAAGGGAGUUGCACAGCCUGGUGAAAAGCCUUGGUUCUGCUGGUGGAAUCAAACACAGAUGGAGUUCUUCAUCUAUGUCAACCAAACGACAUCAGACACUUCCACCGACGCCACUGCCACCACUGAUGGCGAUAUGACUGCCAGCACCGCAACCGCACAUUUGAAACGGGAUGACCCGAUCUCAGACUACCCACGAAAGAUCAAGUGGGAUGAACGCCGGGACCAAGCAGGAGCAUCCGCUCCUUAUUGCCAACAAAUGCAAGUGGACUCUUUAGGCCAUGCAUCGCCUAUCCCCGAAAAUGUCAUAAGUAUUAAAGAGAAUGAGCCUACCCCGACAACAACAUAUAUCAACAGUGAAGGGGGCUCUCAGACAUACACGGCGAGGGCGCAAUACGCCACGCCCUGUUAUUGUCUCUCUUUCAGCGAUUAA